GGCGGCGAGGAGCGCCGGCGAGCGCAGCCCGGGACCGAGCGGGGCGGAGCGGCUGGCGGGGCCGGCGGCUGCUGGAGCGAGAGCGCGACGCGACCGCGGCUUCCCGAGCUCCGCCUGGCCGCCCAGCGCCGCAGCCCGCCCGAGGCCUGGAGGGGUCCGGGCCGGCGUCCAUGGUUGCGGCGUCCUGAGGCGGGGGACGCGCCCGGUGCCCCCAGCCCUCCUCCGCCUCCUCCUGUCCGGCGGGCGGCCUCCUCCGGCGCCUCCCUGCGCCCGCCCGCCGCCUCCCUCCCUCCUUCCCUGCGGCUCCCCCGGCUUUCGGGAGCCCGGGGGCGGCCUGUGGCGCGCCGAGCCCGCGCCGGACUGCGCCUCUUUGGACCUUGAGGGGAAACAUGCGUUUGGCUUGGAUCGUUUUAAAUUCUUAGUUUGGGAUCCCCGCCCGCCUGGCUCUUCCGCCCCGCGGGUUUUCUUUUCUUUUUUCUUUUUUUUCCCUUUUUUUUCCUCCGGGUCUCCUUUUUGACUCCCUCCCCAUUUAUGCUCGCCCAACCCUCCCCCCGCUGCUGAGAAGUGGGGGAGGGUCUCGGCCUCCAGGUUCCCGCCCCACCGGGGCCCGGGCGAGCAUGGGGGGCAAGCAGAGCACGGCGGCCCGCUCCCGGGGCCCCUUUCCGGGGGUCUCCACCGAUGACAGCGCCGUGCCCCCGCCGGGAGGGGCCCCCCACUUUGGGCACUACCGGGCGGGCGGCGGGGCCAUGGGGCUUCGUAGCCGCUCGGUCAGCUCGGUGGCGGGCAUGGGCAUGGACCCCAGCACGGCCGGGGGGGUGCCCUUUGGCCUCUACACCCCCGCCUCCCGGGGGACCGGCGACUCGGAGAGGGCGCCAGGCGGCGGAGGGUCUGCGUCCGACUCCACCUAUGCCCAUGGCAAUGGUUACCAGGAGACCGGCGGCGGUCACCAUAGAGACGGGAUGCUGUACCUGGGCUCCCGAGCCUCGCUGGCGGAUGCUCUACCUCUGCACAUCGCACCCAGGUGGUUCAGCUCGCACAGUGGUUUCAAGUGCCCCAUUUGUUCCAAGUCUGUGGCUUCUGAUGAGAUGGAAAUGCACUUUAUAAUGUGUCUGAGCAAACCUCGCCUCUCCUACAACGAUGACGUGCUGACGAAAGACGCGGGUGAGUGUGUGAUCUGCCUGGAGGAGUUGCUUCAGGGGGACACGAUAGCCAGGCUGCCCUGCCUGUGCAUUUAUCACAAAAGUUGCAUAGAUUCGUGGUUUGAAGUGAACAGAUCUUGUCCAGAACAUCCCGCGGACUGACCCUGCUGGGCUCGCUUGCUGACUCCUCUCAAAGGGACAGCCAGCCCCCGUUCCUGGGAGGAGGCAUCGGACGCGGGCAGAGCUGAGCUGGGGACACCAGUGGGAACAGGGCACCCCUUCUGCACUGACUUCCAGAGAACGGCUCUCCCUUGCUCCCCGAGGACACCAAACUGGAUGAGAGCGAGUUUGAGAGAAGCAUCAACUGCUAUCCUUCCCCUCACCCCUCAUCCCAGGAGGGAAAGGGCAUUUUCUUUUACACCUUUCAAAGGCGUUGUGGGUCUGUCUAAAGUGUUUACAAAAAAAAAAAUUAUAAAAAAAAAAGUCUAGUGUCGACUGGUGUUUUCCCUCGUGAUGUUUACAGACUGCCGUCUGCUAGAACCCACUCAGUGGCAGAGACGAACCGGGCUGCGCGCGCGGUCUCUUCCUGUGCCCAGCGCCCCCCCGUCGGCCCUCUCUAUCACCAACCACUCUGCCUCGGGUGGUUUUUUGUUUUGUUUUGUUUUGUUUUUGGGUUGUGGUUGUUUGUUGGUUUCCUCCAUUUUUCUGGCUUGGUUUUGCACUUUUCUCCCCUUGGGACCCUGAUAUGUAACUUCAUUGCCAAAAAAACAACCCAUCAAGGAUCUUCUCCUCUCCAUUCCCUUUUCCUCUCCCUCCUUCGCUCCUGGUUCUGGUCAGUUCAGAGGAUUUCACAAUCACAAGUGUCCUGCAAAAAUGCCUGAACAUUUUUCUUAGACCCUUGUGGAUUUUUUUUUCCCGGAAAACUUAAACAGACAAAAGACUUAUUAAAGGAAUAUGUACAGUUAUCCCUGUUUUCAGGCACUCUGUUUGAGAACAUUUUAGCCAUUGAUGUUCACACGUGGCAUCAGCCCAUGCAAGAUAGGUUUCUGUAUUUAUAUAUUAAAAUACAAAAAAAAAAAACCUUAUAAAAUGUUUAAAAAAAUGUUCAAAGCUUGGGGGAAAAGCUUUCUUCAUUAGUCAAGGUGUUUUGAUAUGGUAUUAAAAUGUCUAAUAAAAGA